UUGAAUUUCGAGGAAGACAACAAAGUGACUUCUUCUGGUUCAUUUCACUUUCUACUGGAAAAAGUACUCCCCAUUUGUUUCGGUUUCUCUUAUAAAUCUUCUCUUGUUACUCUGAUUUCUUUCUGUGGCAGAGACAACUUCUAGAGAGUGAAAGGAUCUUCUUCUUCCUCCAUGGCCAAGUUUCUUCAAACCUUCUUCCUUCUCUCUAUCCUUUUUCAGUCUCUCUUCUCUGCAAAAUCAGAAUCAUUUAUUGGUAUAAAUUAUGGACAAGUUGCAGACAAUUUACCACCACCAUCUGAAACAGCAAAGCUGUUAAAAUCAACAGCAAUUGGUAAAGUUAGAUUAUACGGUGCAGAUCCAGCUAUUAUAAGUGCCUUGGCUAAUACUGGAAUUGGAAUUGUUGUUGGUACAUCUAACGGCGAUAUACCAGCUUUAGCGAAUGAUCCAAACUUUGCCAAACAGUGGGUCAAUGCAAAUGUUAAACCUUAUUAUCCAGCUAGUAAUAUAAUCUUGAUUACAGUUGGUAAUGAAGUAAUGACUUCUGGUGAUCAAGGUUUAGCAUCACAACUUGUUCCUGCAAUGCAUAAUGUACAAGAGGCCUUGAAUUCUGAAUCUCUUGGUGAUAAGAUUAAGGUUUCAACUGUCCAUGCCAUGUCAGUGUUGGCAAAUUCUGAACCCCCUUCUGCUGGAAGUUUUAAUCCUGCAUUUGGAGACACAAUGAAAGGAUUGUUAGGAUUCCUGAGAGAUACUGGUUCACCGUUUACGAUUAAUCCAUACCCAUUUUUCGCUUACCAGAGUGAUCCUAGACCUGAAACUCUGGCUUUCUGUUUGUUUCAACCCAAUGCGGGGAGAUUUGACGCCGGUACUAAGAUCACAUACAUGAAUAUGUUCGACGCUCAGGUUGAUGCAAUCCGAUCUGCCUUAAAUGCAAUGGAUGCAAGGAGUGUAGAGAUUGUGGUGGCUGAGACAGGGUGGCCUUACAAGGGAGGUGACAAAGAGGUUGGAACUAGUGUAGAAAAUGCAAAAGCUUAUAAUGGUAAUUUGGUUGCACACCUUCGAUCAAUGGUCGGGACCCCAUUGAUGCCUGGUAAAUCUGUUGAUACAUAUCUUUUUGCCUUAUACGAUGAGGAUCUAAAACCUGGAGCUGGCUCAGAGCGGGCAUUUGGACUUUUCAAACUUGAUCGAACCAUAGCAUAUGACGCUGGUCUUACAAAGAGUAGCCAGACUCCAACUCCAACACCAACAACUCCCACAACUCCUACGACAACACCCACGACUCCAACAACUCCUACAACUCCCACAACUCCAGCAGGAAAGACAAAAGGAUGGUGCAUUCCAAAGGGUGGUCUUUCGGAUGCUCAAUUGCAGACAAAUAUUGACUACGCCUGUGGCCAACCAGGUAUGAACUGCGGUCCAAUCCAACCCAACGGUGCUUGUUUCGAACCAAACACUUUAGCAUCACAUGCUGCUUUUGCAAUGAAUCUGCUUUACCAAACUCUUGGUCGGAAUCCAUGGAAUUGUGAUUUCUCACAGACAGCAAUGAUAACUUCCACGAAUCCCAGUUAUAAAAACUGCAAUUAUCCUGGUGGAAGUACUUAAAAAAUGUGGGGACAAAGCUUUUGCCUAAUUAAGGCAGAAGACAAGGAAAAAGAGAUGUGUUGCAAUAAGUGUUCUACAAUUAUUCUUAGCUUUGAUGGAUGGGAUUGAAAUAUCCUCCACAUUUUCAUCUUCCUUUAGAUGGGUGGAGGAGAAAUCUCUGUACUAUUGUGAUAAUAAGUUAUAAUUAUAUGGCAAGUACUGGAGUGAAACAAGUAGGGUAAGAAAAGUCCAAUAAUUUGUAUUAAGAGAUUGUGAUGUUGUGGUAGGAAGUUCAAAAUGAAUGUAAAUCUGUGCUUAAUCAGAAACAGAAAUACAUCAAUUCAAGACAUAAC